CGAGUUUAUCAACAUUUUGACAGUUGAUAUUGUCACUGACAUUUUACACCUGUUGUGCACUCAUUUUUGUAAACAGUAAAAUCAUAAUUUGCUCAAAUGUUUUCAUAGUUUAGCUGCUCAUAAAUGGAUAAUUUUUCAACGGUUGAGAAGAUCGGAGAGGGAACAUAUGGUGUCGUAUACAAAGCGAAGGAUAAAUCCACCGGCAAUGAGAUAGCCCUCAAGAAAAUUAAACUAGAAAAUGAGCCUGAGGGUGUGCCGUCGACGGCGUUGCGCGAGAUCUCCGUGCUGCGGGAGCUGCGGCACCCAGCUGUGGUGCAGCUGCUGGAUGUGCUGCUAGCAGACAACAAACUGUUCCUUGUAUUUGAGUACCUGAACAUGGACCUCAAGCGCCUCAUGGAUCUCACCAAGGGACCACUACGUCUAGAUCUUGUCAAGAGUUACCUGCGGCAGCUAUUAGAAGGCGUGGCGUAUUGUCACGCACAGCGCGUUCUCCACCGUGACCUGAAGCCUCAAAACCUGCUUGUGGAUGACGAGGGCCACAUCAAACUAGCAGACUUUGGUCUGGCACGAGCUUUCGGCAUCCCCGUCCGCGCGUACACGCACGAGGUCGUCACGCUGUGGUACCGCGCGCCAGAGAUCCUGCUCGGAGCCAAGUUCUAUUCCACUGCCGUAGAUGUUUGGAGCCUCGCCUGUAUCUUUGCUGAGAUGGCCAGCGGACGCACUCUCUUUCCUGGUGACAGUGAAAUCGACCAGCUAUUCCGCGUGUUCCGCGCCCUGGGUACACCGGGGGGUGAAUUGUGGCCUGCGGCGAGACGCUUGCCCGAUUACCGCGCCGCGUUCCCACGCUGGCCAGCGCGCGCGGCCCGGACGUUGUUACCAGCGGGGCUUCGCGCGGAUGCUUCGGCGUGCGCGCUGUUUGAAGCGAUGCUGCGCUACGAGCCAGAAGAGCGAGUGCCGGCACGUGCAGCGUUGCACCACCCUUAUUUGGCAGAUGCCCGGCUCACUCCGCCCGAAUUGCCUUCGCGCCGAGUUUAAUUUGUUAUAUAUAGACUUUUCAAUAAUAGUGUGAAAUAUUGACACCCACUAAAGGAUGUAAGACCAGAGACCAGUGAAAUAGAUGAAUGCGAUGUUG